UUGACGAGCGAACAAUGGCGGCCCCGUUUCUCUCGUGGAAUGCGCUGUCGUCUGCUCGUCCUUGUCGUCUGCACGUGUACGGAGCUCGGCUGCAAACAUUGCAUCCGGUUAACGGGUCCCAAAUGUGCCAGGUUCUUGCAGCGUUUUUAUCGUUUCAGCACUUCUCUGUCGAGCGCGACGUGAUCGUUUGUUUACUGGUGCCCGAGGCGUACGUUUUCCACCGACAGUGCACAAGAAGCACUGAACCUGCACUGCGAAUACACGAAAAGACGACGUUGCCACGUUGAAACACCCCAUGCUCCAACUGCUUUGGAGGAGAGUGUAACGCUCGUUAUCAGCGGCAGACAACGUUGCUAAGGGCGAGGUUAGAUAGCGCCCAACGCGCGCCGCUAUCUUUCCCACCCUUGGCGAAACAAACCGGCGCAAGCCUGCCGUGUGGGGAAGCCAGGAAAUAUGGAUUUGUGCCUUCAGAGGAGGUCGUAAAAAAUGUUCCUCAGCCACCACAAAAAGAGCACACGGCGGCGAGAUGGCGUCUCGGCCUUGCUGGCGCUUGUCGCUACCGUGUCGGCGGUGACUGCACAUUGGCUUCCCCUGGACUGUGCGAAAUUUGGGCAGCCGGGUGGACCUUGCAACUGCACUGUGCACGAUCGCACGCCAAACAACCAGUCCCGCAACCAAGUGUGGAUCACGUGCGCCAAUGUCACAAGCCUGGAGGAACUCGGUCGCAUCCUGGCUCCUGCCCGACAUCACCGCGUCGAUAAGUUCCAGCUGGGUGUAUCCACGCUGGGCCACCUCCCGAGCAACCUGUUCCUGGACGUACGCGUGAGCGAGGUGCACCUGUGGGACACACCACUGGACAGCUUCGUGCAGGGCGACAGCGACGACGCCCUUCUAGGACUGCAGGACACACUGCGCUCGCUGGCCUUGCGCCGAUGUGCGCUCAACAGCUCGCAGCCAUUCCACAGGAUGGGUCACUUGCGAACACUGGAGAUGCUAGACCUCUCCUUCAACCAGCUGACCACAGUGCGUGCCUCGUGGUUCAAGGCGCAACUGAGUGGCAGCCUGCGCUCCCUACUGCUCAGGGGCAAUCGCAUCAACCGCAUUGAGAACGGCGCCUUCGCCAUGCUCUACCGUCUCUUCCAGCUGGACCUAUCGCACAACAACAUCGCAACUAUAGAGCGCUCUAUGCUGCCGGACACGCUGCUUUUCCUGGACCUCAGCGACAACCGCCUGAGCGUGCUGUCUCCGCUGCUGUUCGACAAAAUGACGAGCCUGCGUCGGGUGUACCUGAACGGGAACCGGCUUACUACUCUCGACAGGGCCGUCUGGGCAGCCGUGUGGAGCAACCCCAGGCUCGGCGUCGAGAUGCAUGGCAACCCGGUGGUGUGCGACCGGCGGCUGUGCUGGCUGGCACGGCUGGUGCCCCGCGAGUGCCACAGCAGGGACUGCCAGCGCUCGCCAGCCGACUACCGACAGCUGGACGGGCGGUGCAACGCGCCACCGCCCAUGGCAGGUCGCCAUCUGACGCACGUGGACUGCGACUCACUCGUCUGUGGCUCGGCUUGCGACGCUGCACCGCGCCGAGCUGGUGACGACUACCUCGUGAAUGAGCUGAGCCCCUUCUGGUGAUACCGAAGAACAAGGGAGCAGGGAUACGCCGACUCCGCUGCAAAGGCUGCCAUCUCGCUAUCUGUGCGCCGACUCUGUUCGAUGGUUAAUAUUAUUAUAGAGCUAAAAUGUCAAAUUACGCGCGUAGAGAAGAACACCUAUAGAGGAGGACAGAUGCAAGACCUCACGAGUGAAAGCGCGCCCAACUGCACCCACGGCAAACGAACCAGCUUCGGUGAGCGCCUUCGGUCUGAACAAUGGCUCUCAAGUGGACCCCUCUGUCUUCAGUGGCUCUGAAUAUUUACGUUUUAAUCUUUUUCCCAAUCUAACAGCACCGCGCAAAGCCUGAACCAACCACUGUGGAGCCAGAUUUUCUCCCCUUCUCCAAUUCGCAUCCACGUUCUAGAACAUGCGACAUUUCCAGCAAAACAUGACCAUACGGGGGACACAAAAGAUUCACGCCUGUCGUACAAUGAAAUUACAAAGCACUCAUGGAGCGUAAGCACUUUUCGUUGCCACACAUAAAAUUAAAUAGACCACAGGCGGUCAGUGUGCGGUUACUGCAGACGGGUACCUACCCGACACUGUACAACAUGAGUAAAAUCUAUCCGAAGCUGGAAUUAAGGACAGUGUGCGAUGCAUGUAAUGGCGUCAUGGAAAUCAGACACGUGAUGGAGCGAUGCCCCGCCUCUCUCGCCGAUCCCGACCGAGAAUGGGAGGAGUGGAUGCGGCUCGUCAAGAGCGACAAAAUCGAAGAUCAAUUAAGGGCUGUCCAGAAGGCCCACAACGAAGUCACCCGUCUCGGACUGGUGGUGCGACGUGGACGCGGCCCACCUCGGCCUAAAAAAACCGAGCUUCAGGACUGUUUUCAAUAAAGUUAUUCAAUCAAUCAAUCAAU